AUGUUGCGGCAGAUGAUCGCCGGUCACCAGCGGUGGACACAAUUGGACGCCAUUCACAUCGGCUGCGAUGAGGUCUGGCAUUUGGGUCACUGUCAGCGGUGCCGGCAAUACCUCACCGAUCACUGUCUUGCGGACAAAUCACAGCUAUUCCUGCGAUACGUGCGAAAAGUGGCCGAAUUUGUGCGAAAGACUUUCGACAUAAAAGUCAUCGUAUGGGACGAUAUGAUGCGACACAUUGACGACCAAACUCUGGCCGAUUCCGGACUCAAUCGUUUGGUUGAGCCAAUGGUGUGGCACUAUUUGGACGCCGAGUGCUUUCAGCUCCGGGACCCGCAGUUGUGGUCGAAAUACAAGCACUCGUUUGACCGCAUUUGGAUCGCCAGCGCAUUCAAAGGCGCGGCCAAAAUGAACCAAAUGCUGCCACCGGUUGACCAUUACAUUAGCAAUCACUUGGCAUGGGUUCGGGUGAUUGAGGACAACCAAUUGGCCGAACGGGUGGCCGGUCUGGCGCUCACCGGUUGGCAACGGUUCGAUCACAUGACCACUCUAUGCGAACUGAUGCCCAAUUCAAUGGUCUCUUUGAUGAUGUGUUUGUUUGCGUUUAAUGAACGAGACUUUAAUGAAGACAUACAGCGAAAUGUGUCCACUUUUAUCGGCAAUAAACAGCUGAUCCCCAUUGAUAUUAAUAGUGCCACCGAUUUAGAGGCGAUUGAUUCCGAUGUCUAUCCCGGCGUAGAUCUCUUUAAACUUUGUAAUGAAUGGCAGUUUUUAGUCAAAGAAUUCAAUGAACUAAAGAGUAAUCAAAGUUUUGAGGGCGCCUUCACUUCAUACCAGAUAUCACUGAACAGAACCAAUCCGUUACACAUCGAGGCGUUUCUAUUAAAGGCCAGAGUACUUCUGUUUCGUGUCCAACAAAUGAGGCUUCAAAUAGAGACAGAAAUGAAGAAAAUAUUUUACGACACGACUGUCGAGGAAUGGAUUCACACGAAUGUCAUACGGAUUAGCAAAAAGUUGGACAAAAUUGUGACAAACGGUGACCAACAACUGGCCACACAUGUCAACUGAUAUACGUCGAUCGCACCACAACUCAGUGA